AUGGCCAUCAGCUGGAACCCAAAGCCUUCCCUUAUGAUCUUCGUCUUCUUCCUCCUGUUACACAAAAUCAACUCAGAAUCACUGUCCUUCAACUUCAAUGAUUUCGAGCCUGAGGCCAAGCUAUUACCCAUUGCCUUAGAAGGCGAUGCCAUUUCAUAUGGCGGCGCUAUCCUACUCACAAAGAGAGAUACCGAACCUGGAGGGAGAAACGUCACGAUGCGCCAACACAGCGUUGGACGAGCAGUCUACCUGACACCAAUCCACCUUUGGAACAGUGACACCGGUAAAGUCGCAGACUUCACCACAGAAUUCUCCUUCGUGGUGGCUUCAAAUGGCUCUUUCCUUCACGGCGACGGCUUGGCUUUCUUCUUAGCGCCGGUCGGAACCGCCCUUAGCAUCCCUGCAAAUUCAUCAGGUGGCUAUCUGGGAUUGUUCGGCCCCGAAAUAGCCUUCAGUACCUCCCAGAAUCAGAUCGUGGCCGUCGAACUAGACGGCUUCGGGAACGAGUGGGACCCCAUUCCAGAACCUCCAGCUGCUCAUGUAGGAAUCGAUGUUAAUUCUCUUAGGUCUGUGAAAACUGCUGAUUGGCCGAUCAACCUCGGUCCACGAGGUUCUAUUGGGAAGGCUCGUAUAUCAUACGAAUCUAAGACUACUACCUUAAAUGUGUUGAUUGGUUAUACUGAUUCUCAACCCAAUAGGUAUGUAUCUCUGUCGCAAACCAUUGACUUGAAGACUGUGCUGCCGGAAUGGAUUAGAAUUGGAUUCUCGGCGGCCACUGGGGAUCAGGUUGAGGCCCAUGACAUUGUUUCGUGGUCUUUCAGUUCGUUUCUUCCGGAUGAUGACGAGUGA